AUGGUGAAACCCGAUUUGAGAAAGCUAACGAAGAAGGAAAGGCAGUUGCGAGACAUGGUGGAGUCCAUUGGAGAGUUUGUACAAGGGUACAAUGAAGCUCGCGAUAAAGGUUCCGUAUCCGCAAGGCUUAGUAAGUUGGAUGAAGUGAACACUUUCAAAAACCUGAUUGUCGACAAUCCACGCUUGAACGAUAUCGAUCGGUUCACCUACCUUCGCACGUCGUUGGCCGAAGAAGCGCUACAGCAAAUCGCUUCGAUUGACAUCACUGUGGCCAACUAUUCCGUAGCGUAUUCGAAAGCACUUGAGUCACGUUACGAAAACAAAAAGUUGCUGGUAAAAUCCCACCUAGACGCUUUGUUCGCGAUAAAUCCUAUGAAGAAGGAGUCGUUCGAAGCGCUAAACCAUGUUAUUGGCGAAUUUGAAAAACAUCUUCAGAUGCUAGAGAAACUCGAGGAGCCCACCAAAGACUGGAGCACACUUUUGGCUCAUAUGCUCGCAGGCAAAUUAGAUUCCAUAACGUUGCGCUUGUGGGAAACGGAGCAUCGUUCUACGGAUGUUCCCAAGUUCGAAGACAUGAUGCAGUUUCUGUCAAGCCAUUGCACAGUUUUGCGAUCGAUUUCGGGUGAAACUCACGUACCAAUGGAGGUGAAGAAACAUCUGAAGGUGAGCAGCAGUUACCCGGUUCAGCAGCAGUCGUGUUUUAUCUGCAACGACGGGCAACAUUGGCCCUAUCAAUGCAAGAGGUUCAAAGGAAUGCGAGUCGACGAACGAAGAAACGUUGUGAAGAAUAGUGAUUUGUGCUUCAAUUGUCUUUCUCGUGGUCAUGCUGCCAAGUUUUGCUCGCGAGGUACGUGUCGUGUUUGUGGACAGCGACAUCAUUCAUUGUUGCACCUGAACACCAGUGAACAGCAAGCUCCGCAACCGAACAAGCGCUUCCAACAAAUUUCGCAGAACCCACAUUCAAAUCAGAUGACAUCAACCUCACAACAGAGAAAGCCAACUCAAUCUAAUCCUCAGCAAUCCACUAACCAAUCUUCCAAAUCCCCCAUUCCUAUUGCCAAUCCAAGCAUGCUAUGUCAAUCGUCACCCACACCAGACACUCCCAAUAUUGUACUAGCCGCUCAAGAAACCAAGGCGUCACGAUCAGUUCUUCUCGCAACGGCGAUCGUGAUCCUUGAGGAUCAAUUUGGAAACACCAUGCAAGCUAGAGCACUACUUGACAGUGGCUCUCAGCUCUGCUUCAUAUCAGAACGAGCAUCACAGUGCCUGAAGUUCAAGCGAUCUCGUGAGGCACUUUCUGUUAGUGGUAUCGGCCAAGCCGCUAAGAAGUGUAAGCAGUCAAUCUUUGCUCGGGUUCGUUCACGUCUUUCGUCGUUCACUGGGGAGGAUAAUUUCUACGUUCUACCUCAAGUUACACUGAAUCUUCCUAUCCGGAGGAUUGAUUCCACCAAAUUACAGCUUCCGGUAGACAUCGCCCUCGCAGAUCCGAUGUUUACGGAGCCUGGUUGCGUGGAUGUGAUUAUCGGAGCAAGUCUGUUCUUCGACCUGCUUCACAAGGAGAAAAUCAAAUUAGGAGAUGACGGGCCUAUCGUACAAAAUACAUCACUCGGCUGGAUUGUAUGCGGAAACCUUCCUGCCGAGACAGACGUGUGCAGACCGCACAUUGUCAACACGUGUACGGAGAAGCUCGACGAUCUACUCACACGAUUCUGGGAGCUGGAGUCGUGUAAAACGGACAGUGUGCUAUCGCUGGAGGAAUACGCCUGUGAGAAGCUGUUCGAUCGCACAACAGUGCGUGAUGCAAGUGGCCGUUUCAUUGUCACGCUUCCAAAGAAGGAGUACCUAAUCCGUCAGCUCGGAGAUUCACGAUCUACGGCGAUGCGACGAUUCCUCUCCCUGGAGCGUCGUCUGGAUACAAACCCGCAGCUGAAGCUGCAAUACAGUGAAUUUAUUCACGAAUACCUCCACAUGGGUCACAUGGAGGAGGUAAUUGGGGAUGAAGAAGAUGCUGCUUUACCACAGUAUUUUAUCCCACAUCACUGCGUCAUCAAACCCGAUAGUACGACUACGAAACUUAGGGUGGUGUUUGACGCAUCGUGCGCUACAUCGACUGGAGUCUCCCUCAACAAUGCCUUGAUGGUGGGACCGACGGUUCAGGACGACAUCAUUUCAAUCGUCCUUCGCUUCCGAUUCCAUCGAAUUGCCAUCGUAGCGGAUGCCGAAAAAAUGUACCGCAUGGUACUGCAGCAGUGGGCGGACCGAAAGUUGCACAAAAUACUUUGGCGCGACGAUCGGAAUGAAAGUGUACGGAUCUUCCAGUUGAAUACCGUUACAUACGGCACAGCUUCAGCGCCAUAUCUGGCGACGAAAUGCCUCAAGCGGCUCGCAGAACUUGAUGGACAAAAGUAUCCCGAGGCAGCAAAAAUUCUGAGCAUGGAUUUCUAUGUGGACGAUAUGAUGACAGGCGUAGACAACGAAGAAGAAGGCGUCCAACUAUGCAGCGAUAUGCAGCAAUUACUAAAAGGUGGAGGAUUCAACUUGCGAAAAUGGAGCAGCAACUGUCCAGCCGUUCUGGAGAAAAUACCAGCAGAACUUCAAGACGUUCGUGCUUCGUUCGAGCUUGACGACUCAAGUGCUACCAUCAAAACUCUUGGGCUGAUUUGGGAGCCUAGGAUCGACGUUUUUCGCUUCAAGGUGCCAGAGUGGAACUCAUCGGUCAUCUGCAAGCGAUCAGUUAUCUCCGAUUUGGCUCGAAUUUUCGAUCCUCUCGGGCUAAUUGGAACUGUAACCGUUUCAGCCAAAAUAUUCGUCCAAAGUCUCUGGAAACUGAAGGUGUCUUGGGACGAACCUCUGCAAAACGAACUUCGGGAGCAAUGGGCCGAGUUUCGAAUAAGUCUGUCCAGGCUUGAAUUCCUGGAAAUCCCAAGGUGGAUCGCAUAUCGGAAAAACUGUCUUUCUGUGGAGCUUCAUGGUUUUUGCGAUGCUUCGACGAAGGCCUACGGGGCGUGCAUAUAUGUUCGGUGUACGCAUUCGGAUGGGACAAUCACCACUAAUUUGCUGGUAGCAAAGUCACGAGUCUCCCCGCUAGCAGAGCUGGGAAAGAAAAGGAAGCAGCUCACAAUUCCUCGGCUAGAGUUGUCCUCCGCUGUAUUGUUAGCUCAUCUCUACGAGAAAACAGUUGCAAGCAUUCCGGUUUCCUCCCAGUCAUAUUUCCACACCGACUCCAUGAUUGAUCUCGGAAGUGCAACACCUGACGAAAAAUGGUACGUGGAGACACGUAGCAGGAACGGAGAAUCCAGCGGAUGCACUUUCGCGCGGCAUUAUACCCGGAGAUCUACAAAAUCGCUGUGGUGGGAAGGUCCACCCUGGCUGAAACAAGAAAGGGAAUACUGGUUAGAAACCCAAGAAGUCAUAUUGGAGGUACUGGAUCGAUCGCACCUCGACGAAAGUUCUGCUGUAGUAUCCGUAGCUACAAUCUCACCACCAAGUGACAUCUUCAGCCUACGUUCCACAUUGUACCGGCUGGAAAAACUUGUUGCACUACUGCUGCGUUUUAAAUACAACACUCUCCAUGCACGCGGGUCAAUCUCCAAAAGGCUCGGUGCGGUGACACUCUCAGAGCGAGAGGACGCGCUACAGAAACUAGUGAAAUUGUCACAGCAUGAAUGUUUCUCCCAAGAAAUCGUCGACCUUGAAAGAAAGGGGGAAGUUCGCCCAACGUCUCGAAUCAAGACAUUACACCCACGUUUGAUUGAAGGCGUACUCCGAGUCGGCGGCCGGCUGGAAAAUGCCCCAAUCUCCAUGAAUCGGAAGCAUCCCAUACUGUUGGACAAAAAUCAUCCUCUGACAUUCAUGAUCAUGCGUCGUUUCCACUUUGAACAUCUUCACGCUGGACCUCAACUGUUGGUAGCCAGUGUACGCGAACAAUAUUGGCCUCUCAGCGCUCGAAGUCUUGCUCGUACGAUUGUGCACAGAUGCCUCACCUGUUUCCGUAAUAAGCCAGUCGUGCAGGAUCAAUUGAUGGGUGGAAAGAGUCACUCCAGCUCCACCUUUUCUCCGGGUUGGUGUUGA